CACACACAUAUUUAUGAAAGUGCAUGUGUAUAUUAAAAAAAACAUGAUUAAUUUCUACUUCUGAUUCUUCUGAUGUUUAGUUAGCCCCUGAGAUUUUAUAAAUUUCGCGAGUUAAAGAAUUUUAUUUAAAAAAAAAUGGGUGAUAUUAAGAUAGAAUUUGCUGUACAAAUGGGUGGACCAAAAUGUGCAGAUAAGGUCAUCAAAGCAUUGGAUGGCAUUGGAAAAGUAGAAGUCGAUGUCAAUUUAGGUAGGGUUAUUGUAAAUUCAACAGUCCCUUGGUCAGAAAUUCAAGAUAAGAUUGAGAAAACUGGAAGGAAAGCGGUGCUUUGCGGUUUUGGAGGACAAUCAGCCGUUGUUAUGAUAAAUAAUAAAGAACGAAGCGUAAAAGGAGUUGUAAGAUUUUCUGCUAUUGAUAAAAAUUCAUCUGGAUGCGUAGUUGACGGUGUAAUCGAUGGUUUAAGUCCUGGUUUACACGGCAUACAUGUACACGAGUGUGGAGAUUUAUCACAAGAUUGUAAUUCAGUUGGUGAUCAUUAUAAUCCGAGAAAUUCUCCGCAUGGUAGUCCCAUGGACCCACCUGAUAAAAGACAUGCUGGCGAUUUAGGUAAUAUAAGAGCUGAUGACAAUGGCAGAGCAACAUUUCGUUUCAUUGACCCUGUUUUACAAGUAUGGGAAAUUAUAGGACGAUCUGUGGUUAUUUCUCAAAAUGAAGAUGAUCUUGGCAAAGGAAAAAAUGAUAGAAGUAGAGUCGAUGGAAACACAGGCCAAAGAUUAGCUUGCGGCAUAAUAGCACGUUCUGCCGGUAUAUUACAAAAUUAUAAAAAAAUAUGCGCUUGUGAUGGAGUUACAAUUUGGGAUGAACGUGAUAAGCCUUUAGCUGGAGCAAAUAGAAGUAAUUUAAAAACAAAUGAUAGUACCUAGACUCAUAAAAUAUUAUAAUUUCAAAAUGCUGGAAUUUAGAUUUUAUUUAAAAUGUAGAUAGGUUGCAUAGGUAUUUAAUUUUUUUGGUUUUUGUUUGGAGAAAAUGUAAAUAAAUUAAUCAUCUAAUAAAAUUACAU